AUGAAAAAGAGAAUGAAAAAAAAGGACAUAUUCAAAGCUGAGACGCAAAGAAUCCCACUCUGGACGACGGCCAAUCUCCUCCCAACUACUACGUAUGCUACUAGAGCAGGAACUCUUUCUACGAAAUCUGAGAUUGUCAACUUGAGGCUUCGGGAAGCAUUUGGUCAGUUGUACGAUCAAGACAAGGAGAAUGAUGACAGUAAGCCUGAGAACGAAAGAAAUGCCUCAGAUGGAACAAGAGAAAACCCGCAGAAGGGGCAAGCGUUGAAUGACGGCGUGCCGGAUAUUGCAAGUGAAAACUCCUCCCUGUACCGUGUGUACAAUCGCCGGAAAGUGAUUAAGGAAGCACCUCGAAUUGUGGCGCUUCAGGAUCGUUUCCUGAGGCAUAUAGACCAGGGCUUGGACGGGUGUCAGAAGGAAUGCGAAUACAGGUUCAGAAGGUUGAAGGAAGUGACCACUCCCACGCAGUGUCAGGGACAGAAGAGACCUGAUGUUCGUGACUACCUCCAGGUAGACAUGGGUGGCAGCGAGAAAAAGCCAUUCACGGAAGCAGCUGAGGAAUAUCUUCAGCAGCACUACCCCAAAGCUGGAAAGACUCACUAUUCUCUACCGUCGGACUAUCUCCUCAAAGACACGGAUAUUGAGGAACGCCUUUCUCAGUGGGAAAUAGAACUUGAGAAGCCAAAUGGCGAAGAUGUGGAUCUUAGACCUGAGCAUAAAGCCGUUGCUCGUGUUUUCGAAAGGAUUAAAAAUAUGUGUGGCUCCUAUCCAUCCUUGUUGGUUGCAGACUACAAGUUCUGCGAGACCUUCAGGCAACCAUUCAAUCAAGCUCUGUCCAGGAUGAAUACAAGAGAAAGAGAAAGAUUGGAGGAGGCAGUUCCGGAUCUCAACAAAGGAUCUCACAAGCAAAAGAGACUGGUAGAUGAUAAUUCAGCAUGGCUCCUCCUCAUAGCAGGAGGGUCAGGCACAGGAAAGACUAUUGUCGUAAAAGAAAGAGCAAAGCGUCUUCUGAAGGAGGAGCCUAGUGCUGAAGUGGUAGUGGUGAAUCUUCCUGGAGGAUAUCUCACAGAACACUACUUGCAAGAAUUCCAAGGAAUUGAAAAUAUCCUGGUGAUAGAUGGGAUGCAGGCGAGCAUUCCUGAGACGUGUGAAGGAAUCAUUGACUUCUUAAAGCAGAACGGAAGGGGGAAACAUGUUAUGUUCGAUGAAGUCCCUCUCACUCUGGGUAUCCACGGUCAAUUAGAUGAAAUGCGUCUCUCCCAGCACUGGGCGAAGAUAUCCACAUCCCGCAUCAAGAAAAUUGUUCGGAGUCUCACCUUGGCAUUUCGCCCUAAUGAUGCCACCUAUACGAAGGACAUCAACCUACAAAGCAUUCGCAUUGCAGUAAUCGAUUACCAGAUUUUGGGAUAUCAUCAGGGUGGUAUGGUUGUCAUUAUGGAUCUGGCCGAGACCAAGUGGAGAAAUUAUAUCCGCAUGAUAUCUUCAUGCUGCGAAAACGUCACCAUUGUCAUGGAAGAAGACGGUCUGCGAACAGGGAAAUAUUUCCCUAUAAUGGGUAUGAACGUUUCUACUGGAGUUAAUUUGCUUGAUGAUGAAGCGUUCCAUGAAAAGUUGACUGAGAACAUGGAAAGGGCCCAGGAGCUCGAUGAGAAGGUGAUGGCACAGUUGGAUGAGAAUAAAUUUCACCGAAUGACUGUUUCUCUGGAGAAGCUGGGAAGUUUACCCUCUGGCGUUGCCAGAUACGCUUCGCGAUUCAAAACAAAACAGCCGCAAUCCACUGUCAUUUUGGGGCCUCCUUCUUCGGGAAAGAGCGAGUUAUUGUGCGAGAGCAUUCAGCGCUUAGCUAACGAAGAUCCCCAAAAACAUCGCGCUCUUCUUCUCCAUUUUGGGAGCCCGCUCAGUCGGAAAGUUUCGCUCCAUCUUCUCCAAGAACGUGGCAGAAUUCUGAACAUAGUUUUCUCAGAAUCAUGCUCUCCUCGGGACAUAGUCGACAACGCCCAGCUAGAGGUAGAACGGUGCAUGUAUCCUGAAGCAACUAUCCACAUUCAUGUUGAUGAUUAUCGUAUCCAAGCUAAGAACAUGGAGGAAGAAUUUCGCAACUGGACUGAAGUUUUGGACGAAAUUGAAAAGGAGCCUCAGAAAAUGACGUUGACGAUCGCUUUCCAGUCCCACUCGAGGGGCGGUCGAAAAAUAUCUAUCAACGACCUAAAAUCCAUGUUUAUGGAAAGAGACUUUGAAGUGAUCAUACUCCCCGAACCUGAGUCCCUGUCCCACUGCACAAGCGACAUAGUUCUCAAGCACAUCUCUCAGAAUGAGACUCAUACGCCAUUAAAAUUGGAAGCGAAAAAUCUUCCCACUGCCUCCCGAUCGGGUGCAUUGGUCCUUGGCCCAAAACCCAUGCACAUUACGAUGAAAUACAAAUGUCCUGGCCGUCACCUGAAGUAUGAUUGCAAGGGAGAAACACACUGUAUGCCUUAUAUGGGCGCCUUUUUUUGUUUCCGCUUUGCCCUUGACCAAGAAAUGGGAGGCGAACCAAUCCACGUGCUAGUAUCGGAUGAGAAGCUGCUAUACUUUCUUCAGGCAUUCAGCAAAUACCAUAAAAAUAAACCGAAGUUUUUUCACCCAAAAGACUUUCGUGGAUGUGAAUCGAGUGUUUCCAUCGCUGUAAAUGUGGAUGAUGCCUGGCUUCUGGAAAGCAUCUCCAGAUCGCGAAUGAAUCUUUUCAUCAUUGACUGCCUACCAGAUCACCAGCAGGUUUGGAGUACAAUGCAAGAAGAAGGACACCUGGAAAUCCAGGUAAAGAGAAGAAUCGACGUGGACAUUGACACUGACACUCUCCUCAGCCUGGAUUACUGCGGAAACUUCCUCUCGGAACAUCAAAAGUUUAAGGAGUUUCAGCACAAGUGUGAUUACUCUAAGAAGAUUGCGACAUUGAGCCAGUUGCAAAAGUUUGAAAAGGAAGACCCGCGGCGUAUCCGGAGGACGAAAGUCCCUCAUGCUGACUACGAAAAGCUACCUUUCCCUGAAGGUGCCAAAGAGUAUCAGAAAAAGUUUUACCCAAUGGCAGAGGAGAGGUUUUACUCAUUCCCUGCUGGAUACCUUCUCAAAGAAAAGGUUCAAGAAAAAUUGUUUGAUGGAAUGAAGAAGGCAGGGCCAAACAAGGAAGCUGGGCGAUAUAUAAGAAUUCCUCACGAGUCCAGAGCGGUAGCCAGACUUUUCAACUUCCUCAAGGAGGAACUAAUUAACUUUCCCAGUUUUGUCACAUAUGAAUAUGACUUCGCCACAACGUUCUACAGAUCAAUGGGGAUCACCGGCAGGGGCUCUUCGGCAUUUUGGAAAGGAUAUUGGAAAAGCAAAGGGAUAGAUAUUUUACCUGGUGAACAUGACAUAUUUGGAAUAGUAUUGGAUGGAAAGAGAGUUGUCGCACUUUUUUUCGAGGUCAAGAGCAGAGAGCGAAUAGAUGCGCAAUACCCCAUGAACCACCUUGUUGGAAAGGCCGAGUAUAAGCUAAGCCAGGGCAACCGUGUUUUCCAACAGAUUUUUGGGAAGACAGCUUUUUCUUGCACAUUCAUGUGCAGUUUUGUUGCAUUCCCUUUCCUAUCGAGAAAGAAGCUGACAAAAUCCCUUUUGUGCGACUGCAAUAAGAACAUUUUGACGAAAGACGAUCUCGAAUCACGUGAUGUAUUUAGAAAAUUUCUUCAUGAAAAUGGGAUAACACUUACGAAGCAAGAUGUGCAAAAUCCUGUAGUGAAGGAAUGCUACUUAGAUGUGAUGAGAACAUACGUGGCAGCUACAGCAUCCAUGGAGGGAAUACCAAGGACAGCGAAGGACCUCUGCAAGGACAUCGGCAAAAGGAUGAAGAGUGCUUUACAUAUUCUUACUCCUCAUCAGAGCAUGAUCCUACUGGAAGAACGAAACGUUCUUUUCCUCGUCGGCGGUCCAGGUACAGGCAAGACACGACUCAUUCUCGAGAGAGCCCAGAAACUGGCAAAAAAAGGGGAAUCGGUCAUCAUCGUCAACAUGUCAGGGGGGCAGCUGAGCUCUGACAUGGGAAAGUGGCAUACCUCGCAUAAAUUCAAAUCAAAAAUCACAGUAAUGGAGUCAGCCAAACUUUUCGGAAGCGAUAGAAUAACUGUCGGUUCCUUUCUGGAAAAGAUUAACGCUCGAAAACAACAACACAUCCUGAUUGAUGGAAUGACAGUCAACUUCGGCAUGGAGGGUAAUGAUCCAGAGGAGAUUGGACGGAGAUGGAGGAACGUGGCGGACAAAAUAGAAUGCAAAAGUCUUUGGAUCGUCUGGCGUUCCAGUUACGAUAUCUAUCGCUCUCAAAUAAGCUUCGAUUUUCAGAGAGUCAUCGAUCUCUUGGGAGAAGACAAGGUGGAGCAGCUGACGGAACUCGAUCGAAGAACCAAAGAACUUGGAGAAUUUCUGUUUGAAGCCUCAUUAUUCAUUGAGAGGAAAUUCAAAUGUAUGUUGCACCUGCCCAUGCAAGGUCUCAACUAUGGACUUCAGCAGAAAGAAGAUCUCGUAGAGGUUUCCCCAAAAGUGAUCUUUGUGAACGUUCCUCUUAAUGGCACCAAAGACGAAUGGGUGUCGUUAUGGGCCUCCGAUGCAGCUUAUUGGGUUCGUCGUGGAUCCGAAGAUUCCGGAUGCUUCACUCUUAUCACGAGGACAAGCUGGGAAAGGAACUUGAUUACAUUAGAAUUGAGAAAGCGACUGAAGGAAAAAGUAGCUUUCCUCGACUCCCAAGGGAUACUUCAAGGACAUUCCAUGCCGGGAUUUCUCAUCCUCUAUCAACACCAAGUGACAGGGAUAUCAUUCAAGAACGUCAUCCUCUUGGACGAUGAAUACUCCUCCUACCAGUCGUGGUCCCGAAUGGUGAGCAUGGCCCGAACAUCUCUCCACAUCAUCACCACUAACCGACAAUUAUCUUCUAGACAUUGGGAAGAACCUGGACGGCUCGGACUUAUCACUUCCUACUCCCUCAGACAACAUGGUCAAAAAGCGAAGGAUGCCUUGAGUGAUGAAAUGGAUUUGCUGGAUUUGGAUUUGGAUCGAGAUAUUUCAUGGACUAAUUUAAGGGAAGUAGAUGAUCCCCCUAACUUUGAACUCGCAGAAUUUGGGAAAAAACGUAUUGAAAUAGUUUUCGGACCGAACCGCUCAGGGAAGACUGCAUAUCUCAUGGGAAGACUCAAGAGACAGACUGAGAGUUCGCCAGGGCAAGACAGAUGCAUUUUCGUUGAUUCCAGCAGGUGGGAUCGGGAAAUAUAUCCAAGUGGCCUCUCCUUGGCUGACAUAAAUGAGAAGAUUAGAUUGACAGGAUUGAAGAGCACUGUCGAUGUCGUUGACAUCCACGUGUUGCUGGAACAGCAUGGACUUGGACGAAAAGUUUCCCCAGGAGUCAUUACCGAACUUCUGGUAAAGAUUCAUCAGAUGGCGGGAGAGGAGGUACCGAGAGUCCAUGUGGUCAUUGACGAUGCCCCAGUUCAUCCUAUAGACGUUGGAGAAUGCCUUGAUACACAAAAGGUAGGGAUCGUGGUCCAAGAGGGAUGCCGAGAUGCCGGCUUUCCGAGCCUUCUUGACUAUGUCCUCAGACAUGAAUCCCCCAAGGAGCUGAGAAUGGGACCAAGGGUCCUAAACACUAAAUUCCAUCCCACCUCCAUCGUGUUUGGUGAGAAACCCACUCUCAUCACACCUCCUCUCCAGGCACAUAAUCAUGGGGGAUUCAAGUGCUUCGGUGGCUCGGGUGGAGGAUGUGUCGCCAUAACUGCAGCUGCUUAUUUCCACUCUCACAUACACGAGAAAUGGGUGGUGCUGAUCUCUGACGAUGAGACAAAAGCGAUCUUUACUGAAGCGCUCAACAUGAAGAAUGAGGCGAGUGGGCCAACAUUUAACAAAAGGCUACGGAUCUUCCAUCCAAGAGAAUAUCGAGGAUGUGAGAGUCCCCGAGUGAUGUGCGUGGGAAUUGACGACUCAUGGAUGCUGGAGGCAAUCUCGCGAGCUAUUCACACCCUCACAAUUGUCGAGGAGGGGAAUAUCCCAGUGACAAGAAGCCGGAUGGCACUCUGGAUUGAAAUGGAGCGGAGGGGCCUUCUCCUUCAUCGCAUUCAAGAAUCAUCCCCUGUACUCGACUACCUCUCUCAGGAUGACUGGAUAGCAUUGAAUGAUAUAUGCAAUUUUCUAAAGGUGUAG